AGUGCCUCGCUGUAUUGCAUGUGGUUCCAUCCAUCUUACCCUUAACCUCUCUCUCUGUACCAACACUGACACACACAUACACCUACACCUACACACACCAGGAAAAGAAAACUACCCAAUUGGCUCUUCUUGGUUCAUUUAUAUUCCCCGGUCAUGAAGAAAGGUGGCAGAUUUAGUGCAGAGAAUAAGAUGAAGACAAAUUUACUCUAGAAUUUGGAUUUUCAAUUCUCCCCACUUCAUAUAUAUAUAUAUAUGCUCUCUUGGUGUUGCAGUUGCUGCUCAAGAGUGUAAUAAGUACAGUACUAAUUCACUCUCAAAUUCUCUACUGCAUUUAUAUCAUACAUAUACAAACAGUAUCUAAUUGGGAGGAAAAAAGAUUUGCUGGGAAGAGCAACUGAGUAUUAUUUUUGAGAAGCAUGAAUAAUUUGGAAUGCAGUAGUGAAUGUGAAUCAGGCUGGACUAUGUAUUUAGAGCAUUCUUUGGUCUCUCUAAACCCCUGCAAGAGCAACGGUCAGUUUAGCGAUUUUGAGUGCAAUUACAACCGGAAGGUAACGAAAGAAGUUUAUGCUGUAGAAAAAGAAGAAGAGGAAGACUUGUCAAUGGUUUCUGAUGCUUCUUCCGGUCCUGCACAUUUUCUUGAACAUGAAGAUUACUGUACUGAAAAUGGGAAUUUCUCCGCUUCAUCAUCUUCUUUGAACAAUAAAAGCAGUAAAAGGCAGAAGAAAAUUGGACAAAAACAUUCUUCUGAUUCUCUUCUUGAUGAUACUGCUAGUUCUCCUAUGAGUCCUAUCUACAGCUUCUCCAAGAACAGUAAUUUCACAUUCACCAACAAAAAGGUUUCCAUAGAUAAUCUUCUUGGUUUCUCACAAGACUUCAUCACCACAACUCAUUUCAAGGAAAAAAAAUCAACAUUGGGGAAGAGUUUUGGUUCUCUGAAAUCUUCUUUGCCAGAAAAAUAUCUAAAACAGAACCAGUAAGUAGCAGUAAAGCCUGUGGGAAUAAUAAUAAGGCAUGGUGAUCUAUUAUCUCUCAAUCUCUUCCACAACUAGUACUGCUGUUGUUCAGAGAGAAGGAUGGGUUUUUGUGUAAGAGAAGAAAAUAAAGUUUAGUGACAGAAAGUGAUCUUUAUUGUUGUUAACUGUUAUCCUUAUUGUUUUUCUUCCUUUCCUUUUCCACUAUUAAUGUUGUGGGGAAGGAACACUACUAGAGAUAACCUCAGGCAAAUAAACUCAACUUUAAUCUUUUGUCUCUAAGUUUUCUAAUUAUCCAAAAUCAACAGAUAAAUGGGUUUAUA